AUUUUCACAUGUAACAAGAGAUAGCUUAAAAUCUUGCAUUCUGUGUGAUUUUUGUCUGUCUCGGUACAAAAUUAAGUGUAGGUGUUAAAGUUGUGGUUUUAUGGUUCUUCAAAAUGUUCUCAAUUAUAAGUUCACUUUUGUACCUGGACACAGUUUGAGUUUUAAAAAGAUCAAAUUUUUCUGCCAAAUAUGAAUUAUUUCUGAGUCUUGACAAUUCUAACCAGCUAAUACAAUUGGUAGCAGAAUGUCACAUCAAAUCCUGUCUUUGGCAACCAGACUGGGGAGUAUUUUUCUCUUUAAUGAAACUGGAAACUCGGCGCUCAUUCUAGGCUGUCUAUAGGCAAAGCUGUGGCACGUUUUCAAGGAAUGUGCUUCCAUUGCCUUUGUGGUCCUUGUUACAAGAAACGUAACAUGCAGCUGCACAAAGCAAGCUUAGGCAUGCUUUCCCUUAUUUGUCCACAAACUUUGUGUGUGUAACCUUCAAGUCACAGCAACAUGUGGUAUUUGUUUGGGCAUGUAACAGUGAUAGUGAUGCAGCGCAGGUUUGAAUUUAGAAAGCGCUUUUCCAGUCAUACUAACUGCUCAAAACUCUUUAAACUAGAUGCACAUUCACCCAAUCGCACAUGUUUAUACACUGAUAUGCAGAUUGAUAGGCAACUUGGGGACACGUGCCUUGCCCAGAGGCACAUUGACAUGUGAUGGGGAAGCUGGAAUCAAUCCCACAACCUUCUGAUUGCAAGACGACUACUCUAGCCACUGAUGUGUCUUUAUAGGUAAGCCAAGAUGGGGAACCUUUCCAGUCUCUUUAGGGGACUGUUUGGGAAGAAAGAGAUGCGGAUUCUGAUGGUAGGACUAGACGCCGCUGGUAAGACCACCAUCCUGUACAAGCUCAAACUGGGAGAAAUUGUUACCACUAUUCCCACCAUUGGUUUUAAUGUUGAGACUGUAGAAUUCAAGAACAUCAGUUUUACGGUUUGGGAUGUCGGUGGCCAGGACAAGAUCAGACCACUCUGGAGGCAUUAUUUCCAGAACACACAAGGCCUUAUCUUUGUAGUGGACAGUAACGACAGGGAGCGAGUGGGUGAAGCGAAGGAGGAACUCAUGCGAAUGCUGGCUGAAGAUGAGCUGAGGGAUGCCGUGCUGCUUGUGUUUGCUAAUAAGCAGGACCUGCCGAACGCCAUGAAUGCAGCUGAGAUCACUGACAAGCUGAGCCUUCACUCGCUCCGUCACCGUAACUGGUAUAUCCAGGCCACAUGCGCCACUAGUGGAGAUGGGCUGUACGAGGGUCUGGACUGGCUUUCAAGCCAGCUGAGGAACGUAAAGUGAUCAACGUCUGCAUCUGUCAGCUCUGCCUGCAGUGUUCGUGGGAGGCUGCACUGGGUUUAGAUGUACUUCUUUACUCUCCAUUUUCCCUGGUUUCCUUUAAAUUUUAUUUUGGAGCUUUGGCCAGUGCGCCCCAACAUCAGUGUACUGUAUGUAUGUGUUUGUAUAAGUAUUUUUGAAUGAAUGAAUGUGUUCGUGCGAGCUAAGUGGGAGCAGUCCUGCUGUGCCUUGAACACAGUUAGCUCUCAGUCACCUUUCAUUCCUCCAGUGCCAGCACACCCACAGGCUGCUGGUAUUCGCAAAGGUAAAAGCAACGCACGAUGCUGAGUGCUCUGUCCUCUUAAAAGAAUGUCUACAAAAAAAAAAACCAAAUGGGUACAGCUCAGUCUUUACAUUUGCUGGGACACAAGAGGCGUUUAAUAUCAGUUUUCCUCACACAGAUGCACUCUAUAACAUCUGACAACCUGGAACAGUUGAGGUUGACAACGAAUUUUAAGUGUUGUUAUGGUUUUACGAUCAAAUAGAUAAAGCACCUUUAGUUUUACCUUUUAUCUGAUUAUACUGCGGAUUCCUAGUGAUCAGAAUGUAAUUGUACUCAAGGUCAAUUUAUGUGGAAAUAUUCCAGUGGUGGUAACUUCUUCCAUUCAGUUCAGUCACGGGUCUGAAUUUAAAUAUUGCUUUGGACAUCAUUUGUCUUUAGAAUAAAUCUUAUUGGUUGUCCUGUGUAAAUGAUCGAAGUGUCCACUGAGACUGGAUCUGGUAACGGCAAUAAAUGUUGCAGCGCAUGUUUACAAAUAUGGAGGAGUGUUAACUAUUGCAUGGUUUGUAUUCUUGAGCCCAGCGUGGGUUUCAGCUCCACAGAGCCAACUGCUAUGACAACUUGCUCCCACUCUGGCUUUUUAUUUAGAAGUAGACUUCAUUUGCUCUUGUAAGUACAGUAGUUUAUUGUUUGGGUUCUGCUGUUUUUAACUAUUCUAUUAUUGUUGUUGUUUAUCUGUGUUAUGGCCAGGUUUAUCUUAGUCUGAGCUGAAAGGUGUGCUGUCCUCUUGAGUAAAAUCCUCUUGGGACCACGUUGGUUGCAGAAAGGUCUCAUUGUAUUCUGUUUUGGAUUUUUCUGCAGCAGGUUGUUUGCAAGUUCCUUUUCUUAAGUUUUUUGUUACAGCUGUGUUUGAUGGUACAUGUUAAAUCAGCCUUACAAAUAUAUAUUUAGUGCUUCAGGCUUCUUGCUUCAGGGCAGAGUAUUUCCUCUGUUUAUUUACAAGAAGCGGUUUGAUCAUAUUUUACAACCACAUCAGCUUGCACAAUACAGACUUGUGUGAUGACAGCUGUUUAUCUCUCAGCCAUGGUAAUGAACUCGCAGGCAGUAACAAUCUCCAUCGCUCUACACCAGCAGAUAGUUGAAUGUGCAAGUUAGUUUAACCCGAGUAGUCGCACCUAUUUUCCCCUAAGUCUUCUGCUAUGAGAAAUAAAACCAACCUUGAACAGUACACACUGAGUGAGGAUGACUGCACAGUUAUGUUACACUGACCUCAGAAGGGAGCUUCAGGUUCUCUUUUUUUUUUUUCUACAACUGGACAUUUAGAUUUUUGCGUUUAUUUUAAAGUGUGAUGAAAUGAAAAAUCUUUGUACUUAUCUCACAUUAUAUCUUACAACGGUUUAGUCAAGUUGAAACAAUAGAUGGAAAUAAAUUGUAUUAAAGUAUUUUAAAUUGAUGUCUUUUAUCAUCCUUUUGGUCAGAUGUGAAGCUUUAAUUUGCAGUAUCAUUUCUGUACGAAAGACUUGUAUUCAUAUAUUUCUUUCUCUCAUUUUUAUGCUUUUUAAAAAAAAAAAACUUGUCCUGUAACACCGGAUAAAUGCACUAUAAUAAAGAGAAUCUCUAUUGUA